AUGGUGAUCAUUUCGAGACCCAAAAAUAAUGAAGCCGGAGUACAAAUGCCACCGAGGGUCAUAAUCCAAAGACCUACAGUUUUCCCUUACAAAGACAGCAAAAAGAUCCCAUGGAAUUAUAAUUGCAGUGUGAUGAUGCCGGGAAAGGAGAGCCCGGUUGACGCUUCAAGAGGGGACCAAGGCAAGGGUUUCUAUACACGUAGCGGGAGGCGUUAUGAUACGGCGAAUGAGGAGGUACAGCCCAUAAAAGGAAAAGCCCAGGUGGUUGAGGAAAUGAAGGGAAAAGUAGCCAAACCUAUUAAUGAGCCAGUUAACGAAGAGGAGGCCAAGGGGUUUUUAAAAUUCCUAAAGCAUAGCGAAUAUAGCGUGGUGGAACAGCUACGUAAACAACCAGCCCGUAUUUCGGUGUUGGCCUUACUUCUAAGCUCGGAAGUUUAUCGUAGCGCGCUAAUGAAGAUCUUAAACGAGACAUACGUUGCCAAUGACAUCUCCGUUAACAAGCUGGACCGUUUGGUGAACAACAUAAGUGCUGACAAUUAUAUCUUAUUUAAUGACGAUGAGAUACCACCCGGAGGCAUGGGGUCGACUAAAGCUCUGCAUAUCACCACGCGCUGUAAAGGGUACACGCUGCCAGGCGUACUGAUUGACAAUGGGUCGACUUUAAACGUCCUGCCUUUGACCACGCUGAAUAGAUUACCUAUAGACAGCUCUCACAUGAAGGAGUGCCAGACCAUCGUAAAAGUAUUUGAUGGCACAGAAAGAAAAGUGAUGGGCAAAAUCGAGGUGCCUCUUCAGAUUGAGCCAAACACAUGUGAGGUGGAUUUCCUCGUAAUGGACAUCAAGCCCUCAUACAAUUACUUGUUGGGAAGGCCCUGGAUACAUUCGGCUGAGGCAGUACCUUCCUCGUUGCAUCAGAAAUUGAAACUAGUAUCGGAAGGGAGAUUGAUAACGAUCAAGGCUGAGGAGGAUAUUAUUGCAACUGUGAGCAAUAAUGCACCCUAUUUGGAGACAGAUGACGAAACAAUCGAAUGCUCAUUUCGAUCUUUGGAAUUUGUUAAUGCGAUGUUCAUCGCCGAGGGAAGUGAAAUUCUGGUGCCAAAAUUGUCUAAAACCACGAGGAUGAGCCUCCAGUUGACGAUUGGAAGAGGGGCCCUACCCGGAAGGGGACUUGGGAGACAUCUGCAAGGAAAGGUUGAAACGCCAAUGCCAAAAGAUAAGAGAGACCGUUUAGGUUUAGGAUUUAAGCCGAAUGCGAAACAAAGGAAAAGGGAGCUGGAAAAGAAGUAA